AUGUCCUCCUCUUGUGACGCUAUCCUCAAAGCACUCAAGGAAUGCCUUCUCAAUUCCGACUGUGUCCAAAAGCAAGGACAUCUUCCUUCGGAGUGUCUCAAGCAACACAGUAAUGAGUUACCGGAACAAUGUCAGCUACUCAGGAAGUCCACUUUCGAGUGCAAACGCAAUAUGUUGGAUAUGAGGACUCGGUUUCGAGGUAACACAGUGGGAAUGGAUGCUGAAAAGCUGAGACAGCAGAAGACUCCUCCACCUCCUGCACAAUCAUGA